AAAAAACUUUCUUGUUGUUGAAGCUAAUCUCUUAAAAACCCUAUAUCGCAUUAGAUCCUUAUAUAUUAGACUAUCAUUAUACCAUAUUUGUAGACAUGUGCAUCGAAUAUUAUUAAAUCGGCCAAAGCCUUCAAGAAUAUAUUUGCUAUAGGUAUAGAGAUUAGAGGGAAUACGAUUCACCCUCAUCGUUUUAUGUUGUCUUUACUUACCACAUACCACAUUACAUCGAUCCCUUAUAUAAAGAUAGUUUCCGAUAGUUUACAACGGUAUCACUAACAAAAAACCAUAUUCAUAACAAAUAAAAGAGCUAAAAGGGUUUUAAUUUGAAAGAAGAAUGCUACUUGGAAAUACCUCUAACCACAAGUCUCAUCAUCAUCCUCGUCAUCAUCAUCACGGGGACUCAGUGAAGGAGUUUCGAGUUUCCUUUGCAGCUGAAGAACCAAUCCAUGUCUUGGAGUGUGCAGAUCCGAGGAGGACGAAGAGCGAGAAGAUGAGUAGGAGAGAGGCUACAAAAGAAGUGGAUGUUGACAAGGAAGCUGAUGAGUUCAUCAAGUUUGAGCAUAGGAAGUUCUGUAAGUGGACGACUCAUUAAGAGCGUCUAGAGCCGUCUAGUCCAUUGCGGAUGAAUAAUUAAAAACAAUAAGGACAUAUUCCAUAUUUUAUCUAGAUUGUAUUAAAUUAUAUUUGAUAUUUUUUUUUGUGAGCUAAUUAUAUUUGAUAUAUUGUGUUCAGUCUUCUUCCUUUUUCUUGUUUGGCAACCAUAUCUUCUGGUUCUUAAUGUUGUCUUUGUAAGAAAUGGAUGUCGUUUGUUUCCUUUAGCUAAAAGGGUGCAUGGAAAUAAAAAUUUAAAACUA